CGCAGAAAAGGGCACCAGAGACCAUGGGGACCCUGGCUGGGCCAACAGUUGGGGGCAAGCGGGAGCCCCGAGCUUGAGAAGAAGUCGGCGAGAGCUGCUUGGGCCAUGACGUCGGUGUGGAAGCGCUUGCAGAGGGUGGGCAAGCGGGCCGCCAAGUUCCAGUUUGUGGCUUGUUACCAUGAACUGGUGUUGGAGUGCACCAAGAAGUGGCAGCCUGACAAGCUGGUUGUGGUAUGGACUCGGAGGAACCGGCGGAUCUGCUCCAAGGCGCACAGCUGGCAGCCUGGCAUCCAGAACCCAUACCGUGGCACUGUGGUGUGGAUGGUGCCUGAGAAUGUGGACAUCUCGGUGACCUUGUACAGAGACCCUCAUGUGGACCAGUAUGAAGCCAAAGAAUGGACUUUUAUUAUUGAAAACGAGUCCAAGGGACAGCGGAAGGUACUGGCCACGGUUGAUGUGAACCUGGCCCGCCACGCAGGGCCUGUGCCUGCUCAGAUUCCGCUUCGACUGCGGCUGAAGCCCAGGUCUGUGAAGGUAGUUCAUGCCGAGCUGAGCCUCACCCUUUCUGGGGUGCUGCUGCGUGAAGGCCGUGCCACCGAUGAUGACAUGCAGAGUCUGGCCAGCCUCAUGAGCGUAAAGCCCAGCGACAUAGGGAACUUGGAUGACUUUGCUGAGAGCGACGAGGAUGAAGCUAAUGGUCCUGGGGCUCCUCGAGGGGCCCAGUCAGGCCGGGGCUGUGCCCUGAGACUGGGGCGUUUCCCAGAUCUCUCCCGAGAGCUGAAGUCACUGUGUGAGGAAGAUGAUGAUGAAGGCCACACACGGCCCCAGCAGGCAGCUGCCAGACCCUCUUGUGCUGAAGAUACCAGCCCUGCCCCUGUGAGUGCCCCUGUGAGUGCCCCUGCGCCCCCGGCCAGGGCCUCCCGGGGCCAGGGGUCAGAACCAGCUGCUAUAGCCGGGGGCCAGGCGGGUCCUGAAACCCCAAGGCCCCCACAAACCCCACCAGAGACAAGGUCUACCAGGCAGCCUGGCCAGGACAUGGUCCCCACCCCAGCCCCUCGGCUCCGGAAAGGCCCUGAUGUACCCCGGUCCCCAGUCCCCUACAGGGAAGAUGAAGUCCCUAAUACCUCAGAGGACCCUCCAACAGGAGUGGGUUCUUCUGGGGAGACCCAAGCCCAGAUAAGCUCUCAGGACAGGACAGAGGCCCAUGGAGCCAGACCAGAACCAGACAUUGAGGUCAGAGGCUCCAGAGAUGCUUUGGGAGGAGAAAGAUCCAAAGUUGAAGAGGGAGACACUGAGGACAGGCCAGGGCCUAGUGGGGCAGGAAACGGAGAGAAGAACACUAAGAAGUCAUGUACCACAGCUGGAGAGGCUGAAGAGAGCUCAAAACUUCAUCAAGUAGCUGCUGAGCAGAAGUCAAAGGUACAACCUAUAGCCAUGGAAGGACCAGAGGCUACAGAGCUGACGCCUAAGGCAAGACUCGGGGAAACUCCUGAGGCUCCUCCUAGGAGUGCUCAGAGGAGGAUGAGGGCAGGCUCCCAGGAAGAGGCUCCCAGUGACCUGAACCCACCUCCAGCUGAGCCUGAAGGGCAUCUAGGGCAUCUCCGGGGUGCCAGGCCUGCUGGCCAGGAGAGAGAAAGCACAGAGAUUAGGAGUGAAGCCCCUGCUGUUGGGAGGACAGGCCAGGAGCAGGGCCCUGCUGCUGGAGUAGCGAGUGCUGGGCCCCAGGUGAGCAGCAUUCAGGGCAUCCUAUCAAUUGGCCAUGGGGUAAUAUCUAGAGAUCUGAGGGCCCAGGAGGCAGAAGUUGGGGAGCCAAGGGUUCUAGAAACAGAGGCCGAGUGGGUGCCUUGGGAGGGGGCUAUAGGGACGCCAAAGACAGAUAUUGGGAGACCAGAGCCUCCAGAUCUAGAGACUAGAACAGCAGAAUCUGAAAUAUUGGAAGCCCAGGAGUCAGAAAUAACAAGAUCAGAGGCCCUGGAGUCAGAGGCUACUGGAACAGCAGAGUUGGAGGUCUUGAGGACCCAGGAUAAAGAGAUUGGGGUUCUGGGGAUGCUGGGGAUAGGGGCUGAUAUAAGGGAGCCUAAGGAAUUUGGGAUACAGAAAACAGAAGUUGGGGGUACUACAGUUCCAGGUACCAAGACAGUGACAGCAGAAACUAAGAUAUGGGAGGCCCAGGAGAUGGCAGAUGGGGGGGCUGGCAGGAUGAAGAUGGAGGCUGACAUACUGAGAGCUCAGAAGACAGAGGCUGGAGAGGCAGAAGCUGGAAUACUGGAGACCCAGAGUGUGGUGGCCGCAGCUUUGGAGGCUCUAGCGGUGGAGAUGGCAGAGUCUGAUGUGUUGGGAACACAGGGGACAGAGGUGGGGACUUGGAAGAUUCCAAGAGCAGAGACUGAAACAGCACUAACUGAGAUAUCAGGGAUCCACAAAGUGGCAUCUGAGGGUUCAGGGCCCCCACAGAUGCGAUCUAGAACAGCAGGGGCCCAGGGGACAGAUGUUUCAGUGAUAGAGACCACAGAAGAUGGCAUGCUGGGAACCCAGGAGAUAUCUGCAGGUUGUGGAGUCCUUUGGGUAGAAGCUGAAACACCAGAAUCCAAGACUGAUGGCUCCCCGGAGACAGGGGAAGGAGACCUAGGGACUCAGGAGGUAGACCCUGGGACAGUGGAAGCCGAGAGCUUAGGGACUCCAGAGAGCCCAUCUGGGGUGCAGGAGGUACUGGGAACAGGAACUGAGGCACCCACAGUCCUGGAGGUAGAGGCUGCCUCUUCAGCUUGUGUCUCUGGAACUCCUGAGACAUUGGGGGCCAAGGAGCUAUCUGGGGGUUCUGUGGCUGAGAUAACAGAAUCUGAGAUAUCGGAGCCCCGGAAGACAGAGGUGGGAGGCACUGGGGUAUCACAGACAGAGGUCGGAAGGGCAGAAGCUGAACUACUGGGGACCCAGGAAAAAGCAUCUGAGGGGUUAGGAGUUCCUGGGCUGGAAGCUAAGAUGGAAGAGUCUGAGAUACUGGAGGACCAGGAAACAGAAAGGAGGAUUUGGGAGACCCCAGAGGUAGAGACAGAAACAGUGGGUGCUGAGUUGUUUGGGAUCCAGAAAGCAGAAUUAGGGGGUUCGGAGAACCCAGGAUUAGGAGGCGAGACCGUAAAGUCUGGGGUUCUGGAGACCCAGGAGACAGCAGUCAGGGAGUCAGGGCUCCUGGGAGCAGUGACUGAGGAAGCAGACGCUGAGAUUGCCAAGGCCCAAGAAAUAGACCCAGGGGAUUCUGGGGCCUCCAGGCCAGAAGCUGAGGUACUGGGGGCCCAGUGGGCAGAAACUGGAGUUUUGCAGUCUGAGGAGGCAAUGACUGACAUUUCUGGGGUCCAGAAGCCCAGAGCUUUGGGAGCUCUUCAAUAUGAGGCCACAAGAGUCCCAGAGACUAAGCAAAGAGGUUCGGGGGCUGAGGAAGCAGGGUCAGCAGUACCCAGAGUACAAGAGACAGAAAUUAAAGUUGUAGGGGUAGUAGAGACCAAAUCUUGGACUUUGGGGUCCCAGGAAUUAGAGAUGGAGGGGUUUGCAUCUCCCGAGAAUAAAUCUGAUAUUUUUGAGGCCCAGGAAGCAGAAUCUUGGGUCUUGGGAACCGCAAAGGGAAAAGAAGCUGAUGAAAGCCUCAAAGAGGCACAAGUGGCCAGUGGGGCAGGGGCUGAGGUACCCAGGCCCUCGGGGGCCGCUUCCCCAGAGGAGCCUGAAGAGGACAGGAGGCUGCAAGGCAGCCAGGCACCACCCGCCCUGGUCAGCUCCAGCCAGUCCCUGUUGGAGUGGUGCCAAGAGGUCACCAGUGGCUACCGUGGUGUGUGCAUCACCAAUUUCACCACAUCCUGGCGCAACGGCCUGGCCUUCUGUGCUAUUUUACAUCGAUUCUACCCAGACAAGAUUGACUAUUUCUCCCUUGACCCACUGGACAUCAAACAGAACAACAAGCAGGCUUUUGAUGGCUUCGCAUCCCUGGGCGUGUCUCGGCUGCUGGAGCCUGUGGACAUGGUGCUUCUGUCUGUACCUGACAAGCUCAUCGUCAUGACGUACCUGUGUCAGAUCCGCGCCUUCUGCACUGGGCAGGAGCUGCAGCUGGUGCAACUGGAGGGCGGCGGUGGGUCUGGCACUUAUCGCGUGGGCAACGCCCAGCCAAGCCUGCCCGACAGCCUGGACGCAGGCAACCUGGCGCAGCGGCUUCGAGAGCAUGGGGCUGAAGUGCCUACUGAGCCCAAAGAGGCCAUGAACCCUGGCGCUGGGGCGGUACCCAAGGCGGACUCUAGAGACACGGACCUGAGCUGCACCUCGAAGGAUGGGGAGGCCAAAGUUGCCCAGGAAGCAACCCCCCCAGAGGUGCCCUCCAACGGCACCAGAGCCCGGUCGUCCACGUCCCCCGUGGCCCCCACAGAGGGGCUGGUGAACGGAGUCGGGGCAGCAGGUGGUGUGAGUGGUGCGAGACUGAGACGGUCCUCGGUCAAUGGGGAGGCUGGGCCAGUACCGCCACCCCGAGCACACGGCUCGUUCUCCCACGUGCGUGACGCUGAUUUGCUAAAGAAGAGGCGAUCCAGGCUACGGAAUAGCAACUCGUUCUCUGUGGAUGAUCCAGACUCUGGAGCUGCAGUGGGACCGGGACCUGCAGGAUCCGGGGCUGUGGAAGGCCCAAACCCCGACUCCAGCCUUGACUCUGGCCCACAAACAACCACAACCCCACAGCAGCCUCCCGGUGGGAGCCCUCCUGCAGAGGAGUCACCUCCCAGCGCAGAAGAGGCUGGUCUGCAACGGUUCCAGGACACAAGUCAGUAUGUGUGCGCAGAGCUGCAGGCCCUGGAGCAGGAGCAGGGACAGAUAGACGGGAGAGCCUCCGAGGUGGAGAAGCAGCUGAGGAGCCUCAUGGAAUCAGGUGCCAACAGGCUGCAGGAGGAGGUGCUGAUCCAGGAAUGGUUCACUCUGGUCAACAAGAAGAACGCACUCAUCCGGAGGCAGGACCAGCUGCAGCUGCUCAUCGAGGAGCAGGACUUGGAGCGGAGGUUUGAACUGCUGAGCCGGGAGCUGCGGGCCAUGCUGGCCAUUGAAGAGUGGCAGAAAACCGUCGCACAGCAGCACCGGGAGCAACUCCUGUUGGAGGAGCUGGUGUCACUGGUGAACCAGAGGGAUGAACUAGUCCGGAACCUGGACCAGAAGGAACGGAUCGCUCUGGAGGAAGAUGAGCGCCUGGAACGCGGCCUGGAGCAGCGACGUCGCAAGGUGAGCCGGCAGCUGAGCAGGCGGGAACGCUGCACGUUGAGCUGAGCCUCCUGCCUGGUUCGCCCUUUCUUUCUCUGGACAUGGACCCGCCUCGCCACUCCCGGACCUGCACAGCAGAAGACAGAGCCCCAUGCUCCUCCAGCGGGUAGAAGCAGGGCCGACCCAGACUUGGGGACUGGAGCAGCCGAACAUGCCAGGCAGUAUUUAUUCAGCUGAGUGUGUGUGUGUGUGUGUGUGU